AUGUACCUGCCGCUUUUGCUCUCCGCCGCCCUCCUCUUGCCCGCGGCUUCCGGCCAACUCAUCCGUCAGUGCGGAUGUCAAGAGAUUGAAGGAUGUCUUGGGAGCGCUACCGGCGGCUUCAUUCAGUGCGCCGAUCAGUGUCAAAACCACGUGGCCGCGAUGGGCGCCAACUACCCGGCCCUCCGACAGUGCAUGCUGGCCAAAGAGCCUGCAAUCGCCCGGGCGGCGAGCUGUCAGAAGUCGAAUCUGCAGAACUCGUGCUCUCGCUCCGGCGGCGGAAUGGUCCGCAAGCGCUAUCCGGAAACGCUCAAACUCGCCGCCUUCACCGAAGUCAACUCGAUUCUGCAGCGAUCUGGAAUUCAGGCCGAGGCCAAGGCCUUCCUCUCGGUCGGCAAAAAGUUUGCCACGUGUGUGAUGAAGUGCAUGGACCGCGGAUCGACCGGAAACUGCUACAAGAAGCUCGGGUGAGCGCGAAUUAUUGUCAUUUGAGGCAGUUUUUGAAACGUUUGGUUUUUUUCAGAUGCGGCCUCGAUCUUCCAGCCGACAGCGUCCUGGUUCAGAGCACCAAACAAUGCGCCAUCGCUUCUGGAUUCGACACCGCCGGCGUCCGUCAAUUGUGCAAUUGUGUGGCGGGAACCGGCGUGCGCAACCUCGCUCCACUGUGCAACCGAAUUGUGAUCUCUUAA